AUGGCUGAUCUCCAAGUCAUAUCAAUAUUUGUGAUCAUUUUCACCUUCAUUGCGUUCGAUGCAAUUCUAACUUCUGAGGGAAGGUCAAUAAAAUCGGCAUGGGAGGACGAACUCCGUGCAAUUAAUUAUGACCAAAUGCACAGACAAGCAUCGCAAUUUCUCCCGCCGAGUCAGUCUCCUACGAACGAUGAUCAUCUUGAUGAGGGGGAGGAGAUGGUUCCUUCGCCUAUAGCACAUGAUCAGGCGGCCAGUUUGGGCGAGUCAGAAGCAGUGUACAAGAAUGAUUUCCGCCCCACAGCCCCUGGGAGCAGCCCCGGAUUGGGCCAUUCUUUCGAUGGCUUAAAGAAGGAAGCUGUUCGACCGAAAGCUCCGAGUGGUGAUGAGGAAAGGCUAAUCGUUGCGGGUCAACCAAAUGAUUUCGAAGGCACAAGACCGGGUCACAGCCCCAGUGUCGGCCAUGAUUUUCAGAAUGAGGAACCAAAAGCCUAA